GAACCACACCUGCUUCCAGUGUGUAAGUAAUCUAACGAUAACAGUGUAGCUUUUUCGGAUCACUGCGAUCUUGGGUGUCUGUUUCAGUUUCGUUAGCAGCUGCUCCGAUAGUUGUAGCCAUUGCCAUUUCUCCAUCUCCUUUUACCAUAGUUAGAUCAAGCUGUAAAGAAGUAGAGCGUUUCAUCUCGUCACUUCUCACAAGCCACCAAAAACUUUCACUUACUGGAAUCAGUACGAUGCCGGGCUCUACUACGAAAAGCGGUGGCAAAGCCGCUCAAGCGAAGAGUGCGGAAAAAAAGCCUGCCAUGAAGAAAGCCAAGCCGGACAGUACCGCGAAGAAGCAGGACAGUAAGAAAAGCGCUGCGAACUCGACGAAGCUGGCGACGACUACCAAAAAGGCGACCGUCAUGAAAAAGGAGACCGUGAAAAAAUCUCCCUCCGCGGCCUCGGUGAAACCUAAAAAAUCGCAAGCGAAACAAGGCACAGCUACCACGACCCCAAAGAAGCCGAGUGGUGUCAAGGAAAAAAAGAAUGAGGAGGUUUCUGCUGCUGCUCCGGGCACUUCCUCCGUUCUUUCCCCGGUCACGACCGACGCGGGAUCUGCCGCGGGGAAGGGGAAGGACGGGAAAAAAACGACGAAGUACGGAUACGUUAUCUACAACUGCGAGCUAGUGCAAUACGAGGACGAACCGGAAGACUUAGAAGAGGAGGAUUCGGAGCUGUCGCGCGACGAACCCCGCGGGGGGCGAUGCCCGGGCUCGAUUCCCGUCACUGCGCACUACACGGUCGUGAGCGAAUUCAUGGCUAUGGAUUGUACCAGCGCCGCGUUCUGGGAAAAGAUCGACGAACUCGCGGACGAGCUCGCCGAGGGGUUCAUGGAGAGAGGUUCGAUGGAUCCCGCCGAAGCCACACUGGGUGCACUGGAAUACGACGCGCGCAACUUCUGGAAGGCGCAGGCGCAGAGCGGCAAAGCGUCAGGGGGCAAGUCCUUGGGUGUCACCGUCGAGGACGUGAAGAGCUGCUGGGUCGACGCAGGUUAUGAAUCUGAAACAGACUUCUCAUGCUUAAGUCGCACUUGUUUCAUGUUGGCACGACAACAUGCGUAGAGAAAAGCCUCGUAGAUGCAACAACAUUCUCCAUGAUUUGCUUUAUGUGCGUCAGAAGCUUUUAUUUCAAUUUCAUAAAACAAGCGGAAGCGAGGACAGAAAAUGGUACGAGGCCGACGAUUGGAACAGGGGCGGGAUUCCUGCGGAGGCCACUUCGAUCUACAAAACCGUCCAGGAAUACACCCAAUUCGCGGAAGAAGAUUACGUGGAAAAGUUUUCCACGGGAAUCUGGGUGAAGCGUGUUGAGCUGUUGCAGUAGACGGUGCCAAGAAACGCAACGAAACAUAAUUAAAAUGAGGAUGGGACGACUGGACCAUUUUUCGGCGGACGAACAGGUUCAAAACACCGACACGACCGCAAAGGAUCUUGAAUCUUUUGAUUUUCAAAAAUAAACGACGACUGUCGCAAUCUUCGCAACAUAUUCGAUGACUUUUGGAACGUGUGUUGUAUAACCGUAAUGCAUGACUACAAUAGAGAUGCGGAAGCAGAUACUAUGCAUUCGACUUCUACUGAAAACGAAGACAAUAAUCUUCAUGGUAUCUGGGAAUCUGAGCCUAUAGCGGAUUCGCUUGCCUAUAACCAGAUGUAAUGGGCGAAGACUCCCUUGCUUUUUAUCGCGCGUGCAGCUGAAGAUUGGACUGAU